CCACCGGGGAAGCAGCGCGGGGUCCUUUUUUUUCUUUCAUUUUUGGACAGCAAACUUUUUCACGGAGAUGCCUAGCAGGGUGGGGGGCGACCCUCGGAGAAGGCUGGGGAGCCCCUGAUCCGCUGCCUCAGUGGCCCCGACCCGGGAGGCCCCAGGAAAAGUACAGCCGGACAUCUUGGUCCCCGGACCCUCCCCUGGCUCCGAACGGCGCCGAGGCCUGAGAGUUUGCAAACUCAGCUCUGGAUUUCGGCAGCGACAGCAGCAGGAAAAACCUGCCCCGGCCCCCACCCCCUCCGGCUACCUCCCCUUCCCUGUUCCCUCCUGUCACCAGCCCGGAGUCACCCCCAACUCCCACAAGGCUUCUCCUGCCAUGUCGGACCCAGACGCUGCCAGGGGCCCUGAUGUCCCCGUCAUGUGGCUCCCCUGUUCCAGGGGUGCCUGAACCCCAUCCACAAACCCAGCCCCUCCCCCACCCCACCCCAACCCAGUCCUGCGGCCCCAGGGACCAUGAGUGGGGGCAAGAAGAAGAGUAGUUUCCAGAUCACCAGCGUCACGACCGACUAUGAGGGCCCGGGGAGCCCCGUGGCUUCAGACCCCCCUACCGGAUCUGGGCCCCGCCUCCCCAAUGGGGAGCCUAACCCAGAUUCUGGGGGCCGAGGCACCCCCCGCAAUGGGUCCCCACCACCUGGGGCUCCUGCCUCUCGGUUCCGGGUGGUGAAGCUGCCUCAUGGCCUAGGAGAGCCUUAUCGCCGAGGCCGGUGGACUUGUGUGGAUGUGUAUGAGAGAGACCUAGAGCCCCCCACCUUUGGGCGGCUCCUGGAAGGAAUUAGAGGGGCCUCUGUGGGCACUGGGGGCAGAUCUUUAGAUUCCAGGUUGGAACUGGCCAGCUUGGGCUUGGUCACCCCAAUCCCACAACCAGGCCUGACUCAAGGCCCCACCUCCUGGCUCCGUCCACCUCCCACCUCCCCUGGACCUCAAGCCCGCUCCUUCACUGGGGGACUGGGCCAGCUGGCUGUGCCUGCCAACAAAGCCAAAGCAGAGACAUCCCUCCUAUCUGCCUCCCCACCCCAGCAGCGCCCCCCAGAGUCUGGCAUUGGUGAUAGCUUGGGCAUAUCCCUGGCAGCCACGCCCCUGCCCUCCUUGAGGGUGGAUGUAGAGGCUGGGGGCUCAGCAGUGGGGACCCCUCCACUGCCCCGGAGGAAGGAUGGACCCAUGCGGCUGAGAAUGGAAUUGCUUGCUCCGGAGGAGACAGGACAGGUACACCCACUUGACUCUCGACCCAGCUCCCCGGCUCUCUACUUCGAUGCCAGCCUGGUUCACAAAUCUCCCGAUCCUUUUGGCGCAGCUGCAGCCCAGAGCCUCAGCCUGGCCCGCUCCAUGCUGGCUAUCAGUGGUCACCUGGACAGCGAUGAUGAUAGUGGUUCCGGAAGCCUGGUUGGCAUUGACAACAAGAUCGAACAAGCCAUGGACUUGGUGAAGUCCCACCUCAUGUUUGCAGUCCGGGAGGAGGUAGAGGUGCUGAAGGAACAGAUCCGUGAUCUGGCGGAGCGGAAUGCAGCGCUGGAGCAGGAGAAUGGACUGCUACGAGCCCUGGCCAGCCCAGAGCAGCUAGCCCAGCUGCCUUCUUCGGGGCUCCCUCGGCUUGGGCCCCCUGCACCCAACGGGCCCUCUGUCUGAGCCUCCUUUCCCUCACAAUGUGCCUUUGGGGGAGUGCCACAGCUGCUGGGCUUUGCACCAGCUGCCUGCCCCCUCUUUCUAUGCAGCUUUAAUGCCCCCCUCCCCAAAUCCCUGAAACUGGGAGUUCGAGGCUCAGUGUUGGCCUGUUCCCCCACCCUACCCCAUCUCCCCCUUGGUCCCCAAACCUUGAUGGAGGAGGGAAGGCUCAGGAUGGAGUGUUAGAUGGAGCCCCCAUCUCCACAAGAGGUCCCAGCCCCUGUCCCUCCCUAGGUAUCAGUGUUCUGGGGAACCCCCAGUAGAUGGCUUUGAGAGGAGGAGUCAGAAGCUCCCUAGCACACACCUUUGUUCCCUUGAAGUUCUCCCCCCACCUCUCCAUUGCCCAGGGGAGGGCACUAUGGACAGUAUCUGGAAGUUCUGGGAUUCAGGUUGUUAUUAAAAUAAUAAUUAUAAUUAAAAAAAAUCUGAAGAAACUUGAA